GCAAUUACAAGAAGUUGGAAGUGAUAACUUUGGUAACGAACUCUCUCUACAAAACUGUCUGGUCUCCCUCCGCACAUUUGUGUGUUUCAUUCACUGCCACCAAAAAAGCUUCCAUGGCAGCAAAGCUUCUAUUCUCUUCUCUCUCUCUUCCUUCCAGUUUCCACACUCCACACUCUCACAAGCAACAUCUUCUAUGUCUCCGAACAAGACCAAGAACACACAAAUGCUUCACUGUUCAAGCAACAUUUAAUGAUGUCCUCUUCACUGCUACUAAUACUACUUCACUUUUUCAAGAAAACCCAUCUUCUCUAUUCUCAGUUGCAGCAGUAGCAGAUUCUGGUUAUUCAUUGGCUAGUUACUACACUUCUUUGGGUCUCUUUGUCAUCUCUGUUCCUGGUCUUUGGUCACUUAUCAAACGAUCUGUCAAAUCCAAGAUUGUGAAGAAGACGUUUGUUAAGGAAGGGAUAGAGGAGGGAAAGAAGGCGGCUAACCAGGUUGCUGGUGAAAUUCUUUCAUUCUUCACUCGGAAUAAUUUUGCUGUCAUGGAUAGAGGAGAGACUAUAACGUUUGAGGGAUUUAUGGUUCCAAGCAGAGGACAAGCAGCAUUGUUAACAUUCUGCACCUGUAUAAGCUUGGGAAGUGUUGCCCUUGUUCUUACCAUAACAGUUCCAGAUGUAGGCAAUAAUUGGUUCUGGAUCACUGCCUUAAGUCCGUUGGCGGGUGUAUAUUAUUGGACUCGAGCAUCAAGAAAGGAGCAGAUCAAGGUGAAAAUGACGGUAGCAGAUGAUGGAAGCUUGUCAGAAAUCGUUGUUCAAGGUGAUGACCAAGAAGUAGAGAAAAUGCGGAAGGAGCUACAACUGAGUGAAAAAGGCAUGGUUUAUGUUAAGGGCUUACUUGAAAGAUGAUAUUACUGCUUGGUCAAUAACAUUUUGAUGUUCCUUCAUCAUUCUUAUGUAACCUAAAAAUUUAUAAUAAGCUGUAAAUUAAUCGCACAUACUCAGAAGUUCUUGUGCAAUAGGGCGGAUGUGUCUAAUAUACAAAA